UCAUGACAAACUAUUGAAUUUACUCGGGGAUAUAAAUAGUAGGGAUAUUUCCUCGAUUUAUAUCACAGUACAGCGCACACGAAACAGUGAGUCCCUGUAUACAGUCACCAAUGCUAAGAUGGCGAUUCCAAUGGUAACCUUUAAUAAUGGGAACAAAUUCCCAAUCCUUGGACUUGGAACUUUGGCGGCUACGACAGACGAAUGCAAGAAUGCUGUACGCGCUGCCCUAGAUGCAGGCUACCGCCAUAUUGACACGGCCUAUGCAUAUGGAAACGAAGCUGAUAUUGGAGAAGUGUUACAGGAAUAUAUGAAGGCAGGAAAACUUAAAAGAUCAGAUUUCUUUGUCACAACUAAGCUAUGGUUGACCUACCAUCAACCAGAUAGGGUACUGGAGUGUUUAAAUCUAUCUCUAUCUAAACUGAAACUAGAUUACGUUGACCUGUUUCUUAUGCAUACUCCCUGUGCCUUUGAGGAAACAGGGAAUGGUUUCAUUCCUUUACGAGCCGAUGGAAAACCAGCAUUUCUCAACUUGCCACCUGAAGAAACAUGGACGAAGGGAAUGGAGAAAGCUGUCAAGCUAGGUAAAGCUAAGAAUAUCGGUGUAUCUAACUUUACGUGUGACCAAAUCGAUAGAAUUUUUAAAGUUGCAACCAUUAAACCUGUUACUAAUCAGGUAGAAUGUCAUGCCUAUUUCAACCAAGCGAACAUGCACCGCUUUUGUCAGCAAAGAGGCAUAUUUAUUACAUCUUAUGGAUCCCUCGGUUCCCCCGGAAGAGCACCAGCGUUUAAAAAAGAUACUGACCCCGUUUUAAUGGAUGAUCCUGUAAUUAAGAAGUUGGCGGAUAAAUACAAGAAAUCAGCUGGACAGAUUUUGUUGCGUAAUUUGACGCAACGGAAUAUCCUUGUUAUACCAAAGAGUACCAACCCUGCCAGAAUCAAGCAAAAUAUGGAGAUAUUCGACUUCAAAUUGACGGAUGAUGAAAUGAAGCAAAUUGAAGGAAUUAAUACAGACUACAGAUUAUUUUUUAACGAUAAUUUUGUAGGUCAUCCAGAAUGUCCAUUUUAAUAAGUCGGCAAUGUACCAGAAAUAAUAACAUGACCACCAUUUCAUCGUUGUGUACAAUUUUAUAUUACAUUUUACAAGGCAUUCUCGCAUUCCUUGCAAAGUUCUAUUAAACAUGUAUAUACUAUAUUCAUUGUGUUAUUUUUAGCAGUUUUAAUGUCUGAGUAAACUAUUUAUUUUAUCAUUACUGUGUUUUAUGUUUUAUUAUGCAGCAUGGAUGCAUUUUCUAUUAAUACACAGUUUAGCUUACAAUGAUAGUUGUUAGAAAAAUAAGAAUAGUUAAUAGGUUAAAAAAUAUUCGUUCUCCAAAUUCAUUAAUUUUUGCGUAUUUACAGUAUAGUGUGUGCUGAUAAUGAGAAAGGAAAAACUAAUUGGUUGGGGAGAGAGGGGAUUAGACGCCUAAUGAAUAACCUUGGAUUUCCUGAAUUUUGGCAUAACCUUUAUUCCUUAAACUAAAUGAGUCUAUCUCUAAUUAAAACCCGCAUCCAAGACCAAUUUAAACAAAGACCAACUGGAAAGUUCGAAUAAGUUGCGUUCAAAACUGUACGUAAACAUAAAAUUUACCUAAAUUCAUCUAUUGAUAACAACUAUCAAAAUAUAAUAUGUCAGUGUUAUGUAAUAAUAUCGUCGUUGUGACAUUGUUUUUAAAUUUAUAGACAAGGAAUAGAGAAAUAAGAUGGCUUAAACAAUAUUUGUGUCUUUGCAAAUUAUUCUCUAGUGUCAGUAUAUUAGCUAUGGUAUGAGUUUAUUUAAAACGCAAAUUAAUUGUUUAUGAAAUAGUGUGAGAAUAACAGGAAAGAGGCUCUAAGUUCAAGGAUAGAAUGUGUCGAAAAAACAUGUGACUGGAAAUUUACCUAUUGCAUCAUUUGGUUUAGUUUGACCAAUCUCUGUAAUUAUUUACAUCAUAUUUGACCAAUUAGAUAAUUGAAGGUUCAAAACCCAAAGCUACAAAACUAUCAUAUUGGUGGGCGAUUGUCAGACAACAGGUUGAUUCCAGAAGGGGAAAGAUGUAACAGUUUCAAUCAGCAGACUCGCCAAAUCUGCCUGGCAAGUGUUUGAGAAUGACUCUAUUAUUGUAAUUUAUACUGUGCUUGUAUCUAUAUGUAAGCAGCUAUGAUAUUUAAAACGUAAAAAAAUGAA